AUGUCCACCGCCGAGCUCGCCAGCGCCUACGCUGCCCUCAUUCUUGCCGACGACGGCAUUGAAAUCACCGCCGAUAAACUCAACACCAUCAUCAAAGCCGCCGGUGUCGUCGACGUCGAACCCAUCUGGGCUACCCUCUUCGCUAAGGCCCUGGAAGGAAAGGAUGUGAAGGAUCUGCUUCUCAACGUCGGAUCAGGUGGUGGUGCCGCGGCCGCUGCCCCGGCUGGUGGUGCUGCUGCUGGCGGCGCUGCUGCUGCCGAGGAGGCUCCCAAGGAAGAGGAGAAGGAAGAGGAGAAGGAAGAAUCCGACGAGGAUAUGGGUUUCGGUCUCUUCGAUUAA